CCACAUACUUACCUUAAGCGUAAGGUAAAUAUUGGAUACUAUAUAGUAUCCAAUUGUUGUUUGAUUUUCUGCAGAAAAUGUAUUUGACCUUAUGCAAGGUAUUAUAGCUAGUAAAUUUACGAGAUGAUCCUUAAAUAUAGUAAAGCGAAUGAAAGUUUAUCCAGGUUCUCUGUGGUCUGUUUUUCAAGCCCGAUAUCUGGAUUUUCGAAAAAUUGCGGAACUUAAGAUAAAUUUUGAGAUUUACCACAAGUUUACAUCGAAAUCCGUAGUCUCUUCCGAAGUUUGUGGGAAUUUUGGUAAGGACCAAAACUCUUGAGUAUUUACCUUAAAUAGCUUGAAAUUCUGUGGGAAAAUCUCGGACCAGGGAAGCCCUGGAGUUCUCGUCUUAUCCCCCUAAGUUUUCUAGAUCGACUUCACAAGGAACUGGUAAAAUUUCCUUUGAAUUUGGGAGAUUGGAAGUCUUUUUUCAAAUAGAAACCCCUCAACUUUUCAACAUCUUGUCUUUGAUACCUAAGUUCUUAGUGUUAACAUUUUGCAUCUAGUGUCCAAGGUGUCAGAUCAUACUUAAUUAUCGAAGUAGUAAGUUUCCUUCUUCGCAGUGUUUCUUGAUUCAUGAACUCUUUUCUUCAUUUUAAAAUGAAGAACCUUCUGAUCUUCGAUUUGCCAAUCCUUUUGAGCGUUUAUUUUCUACAGAGUCGACCGCGUGAUUCGUCGAUAAUAUAUUGUACUCUAAUGCUUGGUAAAAUCGGUUACGAUACGUCCUGGUUAUCUUCAAUACCAUGGAAGGCUAUCUACUAUGUUCUGUUAUUUUUGAUGAUUGAAAUAGUGACUUUUGCGUAUGGAGUUAUGGUGUUUAUUCUCCUAUACCAAACCUACAUUCCAACCGUAAAAUUGGAAAGAGAAUUAGAUUUGGUGUUUGAUACUAAAUGUAAUGUACGAACGGGGUGUUCCAACGUUUGCAGUUUUCCUACAGCCAAUUUCUCUGUUUCUGAAAGUGGAAUAUCUCUCUUAACACCCAAAUAUCCGUACAUGCUCAUGCUAAACCUAUGGCUUCCAGAUUCCAUUCAUAAUAGGAAUGCAGGUAUGAGUAUUAUCACCCUAGAACUAUAUGGCCGUGAACAUGUUCUUAUACAGCGAUUCAGGAAACCAUUUUCAAUGCCUUAUCGAUCUAAUGAAGUUCGGAUGAUAAGUAAUAUACUGUUUGCCCCCCUGUAUAUAAUCGGUAGAAUGAAAGAAGAACUGCUGCUUUCAAUUGAGAUGUCAUCUAAUUUCCAGUUCGAUGCGACUCAACCAAUUUUGGAAGGUCGUAUCAUUAUGGAAUCUAAACGCUACUUAUGGUCAGCUUUGGAGCUUAAAAUACAGACGGCGCUUAACGGAUUUCAAAACAUUCUGUACUACUAUCCACAGGUUUCUUUCAUAAUUUGCAUAUCUGUCGUUUCAUUCCUUAUGAACAUGAUCUACAUAUCAUCCAUUCUUUCAUACAUUUUAUGGCGAUUUUUCAAGAAAUCCAGAAAUCCCGAACUUUCAAAAGUUAAAGAUGAACCGAAACCUGAAAACUACCCACUAUGCGGUGAGAUUGACUCUGAAGACAAUUCAUUUUCAGAUUAAAUCCACGUAGAAAUUUAUAUCACCGUUGACAUGAUUCAUUACUAUCAGUUUCAUUACAGGUCUACUGCUGUAACAACUCAAGUGUUUCCCCUUAAUUUUUUCAUCACGACCUAUUUUUUUUAUGAAACUAACUAAUUCUAGUCUUUGAAUUACACUCUUACGACUAAUGGGGUUUGUGAACGCCAUUCGGACUCUUCAGGUGUUGACGCGGGUAGAAAUCGUUUUAUUUUGCACAUAACUAAAAUAUUCAUUUUACUGUUUAAGAAUAAGGUUUCAUAU